AUGGAUAUUUCAGUGCAAAGUAGUAGCUCUGCUACUCUCUCCUACCUCGGCUUUCGCAAUCUGAUCUUAGCUGUCUCGGGAUACUUUGUCGCUCGUGUGUUGUACCAGAUCGUAUACUACAGAUACUUUCACCCUCUGUCCAAGUUUCCUGGUCCGUUCUGGGGCAGUGUGACAAGACUAUGGAUCGCAUAUCACAACUUCAAAGAAGAUGAGCCCAUGAUCUGUAUGGAGCUUCACAAGAAAUAUGGUCCUAUCAUCAGAGUCACGCCUACGCUCCUACUAGUCAGCGAUGCUACCAGAUUACCGGACAUCUACCAUCGCUACGCAGACAAAAGUCGACACUAUGUAACUGGCAGUUUCGGCACUGUCGAGAGUCUAUUCAACAUGCAAGAUUCAAAAACACAUGCAAGAUUCAGGAAAAUAGCUGCUGGAUCCUAUAGCUUCUCCAACAUCAAGAAAAUGGAACCACUGAUUGAUUUACGCAUCAACGACUGGAUCGACGAACUCAGCACUCGCUUUGCAAAACCCGGCGCCGUUGUGGACUUCGCACCUUGGGCGGUUUUCAUGGCAUACGAUGUGAUUUCUGAAGUUGGCUUUGGCGCUCCCUUUGGCUUCAUCAAGUCUGGCUCUGAUGUUGCAGGCUUGAUACAAGGUUUACAUGAAGGUCUAGUACCCUUUGGACUCAUGGCUAGAUUGUAUCCUUUUACCGAGUGGAUCAAGAGAACUGCUUUGGGAGACAAGUAUCUAGUUGCCAGACCAGAGCAGCAGAGUGGUAUUGGAACACUCAUGAGGUUCAGAGAUCAGUUGAUUGAGCAGAGGAGAACUGAUAUCGAAGAAGGAAAGACGAACGGAAGGAUUGAUCUGUUGCAGACCUUCAUCGACGCCCGCGACGAAAAAGGUCAACCUCUAGACCACGACUACAUAAAAGCCGAAAUCCUCCUCGUACUGCUCGCAGGCGCAGACACCACAGGCACAGCCUUCCAAGCCCUAAUCAUCGACGUACUCACCCACCCUCCCGUCUACAAAACCCUCAUGCACGAACUCGACACCGCCACCUCCCUCGGUCUGAUCUCAGCCAUGCCACAAUACACAGAAGUAGUGGAGCAUCUACCUUACUAUAUGGCUUGCAUAAAAGAAUCCAUGCGCCUCACCCCCUCGGCACCAAAUAUAUUCCCUCGUAUCGUCAGUAGUGGCGGUCUGGAGCUUUUUGGAAAGCACAUCCCCGCUGGUGCAGAGGUAUCAUGUAACCCCUACAUCAUCCACCGCGACACCUCACUUUACGGUCCCGACGCCGAUACCUUCCGCCCUGAACGCUGGCUCGAAGACCCCGAAAAGUCCAAAUCGUUCACCAAAUACAGUCUAGGAUUUGGAUAUGGAGCACGAGGAUGUCUGGGCAAAGAAAUUGCAAACAUGGAGUUGUACAAGGGACCUUUGCAGAUCUUUAGGAGGUUCAAGCCUACGUUUGUGGACGAGCAGAGGCCAGGCAAGCAUUUUAUCAAAGGUGGCAUCAGCUAUUUUACGGAUAUGUGGAUGAGGAUUGAGGAGAGGGAGGGUGUUGUCAGAGGAAAGGAUUCGCCUAUGUUGGGGUAA